CUGAAAGGAUCGGAAAUCAUCUGUGAGAGCCUUUUGCGCGAAGGCGUUGAGGUGCUUUUUGGCCACCCUGGCGGAGCAAUUUUGCCCUUUUAUGACGCCCUCUGGUCAUACCCGCAGUUGCGCCACGUGCUGGUCAGACACGAGCAGUCGGCGGCCCACGCUGCCGACGGCUAUGCCCGCAUGUCUGGCAAGCCGGGGGUGUGCGUUGCCACAUCCGGCCCGGGCGCUACCAACCUCAUUACUGGCCUCAUGAGCGCCAAGGGCGACAGCGUGCCGUUGGUUGCAAUUACCGGUCAGGUUGCCCGCGCCGCGAUGGGCACGGAAGCAUUCCAGGAGUGCGACAUCUGUAGCAUCGCCGCGGUGUGCACCAAGCGCACUUAUCUGGUGCUCUCUGCAGCCGACCUGGCCCGCACCAUCAGCGAUGCCUUCCGCGUGGCGCAGGAAGGCCGGCCCGGACCGGUUCUGAUCGACGUGCCCCGGGACGUGCAACUGGAAGAAGCCGAGUUCGAGUACACACCAUGGGUCGCGCCCCAAAUCCCGGUGCUGCCUGAUGACACGUUGACCAAUAUCCAAAAGGCCGCCGACAUUAUCAACGAAGCCGAACGGCCGGUAAUCAUCGCUGGCCACGGCAUCGUGCAGUCGAAGGCUUUCGAAGAGUUGCAAACCCUGGCCGAACGCACCGGCGUGCCGGUCAUCAACACGCUGUUGGGAUUGAGUGGCUUCCCGCGCAAUCACCCUCAAAGCCUCGGUAUGCUGGGGAUGCACGGCAUGUACUGGUGCAACAUGGUGGUGGAUCAGGCCGAUGUCAUCAUCGACUCGGCGUUGCUCCCGUUGGUGCAUUGGGUCGACCGCCCGGAGUGGGCUGCCACAGUGAAUCGCCUCCGCGAGGAUCAUCCUUCCCUGGCCAUCCCGGCCAGCGACGCGCUGAUGCCCCAGCAAGUCCUGACCCAGAUGAACGAGAUGAUCCAGGCUGACGAAAACGCAGUCGUGGUCACCGGCGUGGGCCAGCAUCAGAUGUGGGCGGCGCAGUACCUGUUCUUGAAUCAGCCCAACUCCUUCGUAACCUCCGGCGGGUUGGGCGUCAUGGGAUUCGAGGUGCCGGCUGCGUUGGGAGCGCAAUUGGGGCGACCGGGCGCUACCGUGUGGUCGGUGGCCGGCGACGGCGGGUUCCAGAUGACAUUGCAGGAACUGAUCACCGCCGUGGAGGAAAAACUCCCCGUAAAAUUCGCCCUGUUCAACAAUGGCUAUCUUGGCAUGGUUCGCCAGUGGCAGGAAAUGUUUUUCGACGGCCACAUCAAGGAUGUUCCGUUGCCCGGGCCCGAUUACGUGAAACUGGCCGACGCCUAUGGAAUCCCGGCUCUGCGGGUUGAACAUCAGGAGGACGUGGCCAACGCGUUGCAGGAGGCCAAGGCCUACGACGGCCCAUUCCUCAUCGAGUUCGUGGUGGAGCGCGAAACCAACGUGUAUCCGAUGGUACCCCCCGGAGGGUCACUCGGCGACACCCUGGAGGACCCACGCACCAUGCUCACGGCCCACUAG